GCACAUUCACCAAAAAGCUGGUCAAAAACUUCCGAAAUCCAUCUUCGAGCACUCCUCUUUCCUUGAAUUGUUGCGGGGAGUAGCCAGAAUGGCCAGUCAUGCUCUAUUCGAAUCUGCUUCGGGCUUUGCGAUCUUUGAAAUAAAACUGAAGGAAAACAUUGGUGCUUUCACAAAGGCCGUCCAGGAUUCCAUCAAUGACCUGUCGAAGUUCCAAAAAAUGGUCAACCUCAUCAGCUUCGCACCAUUCAAGAGCGCAGCGCACGCUCUGGAGAAUGCGAAUGAUAUAUCAGAAGGAGUGCUCAAUGACCAUCUUCGCUCGCUGUUGGAACUCAACCUCUCCAAGCCUGCAAAGAAGUCACGAGUAGUCCUCAUUGUCUCGGAUCCUGCUCUUGCCAGUAAUAUCAAGAGCACGCUUCAAAUUGACUGUGAUACCUCAGAAGAGACGAGGGAUAUCCUUCGUGGCAUUCGACUUCAUGCGCCAAAACUGCUCAAGGGACUCCAAGGAGAUGACCUAAUGAAGGCACAACUCGGUCUUGGUCACUCGUAUUCUCGUGCCAAGCUGAAGUUCAACGUGAACCGAAUCGACAACAUGAUCAUCCAAGCGAUUGCUUUGCUUGACCAGCUCGACAAGGAUGUUAAUCUCUUCUCGAUGCGUAUUCGUGAAUGGUACGGAUACCACUUCCCCGAACUUGUUAGGAUUGUCCCCGACAACUACCAAUACGCCCGUGCUGCCCAGUUCAUCGGUGCCAAGGAGACGUUAAACGAAGACAGGUUGGACGACCUUGCCGCAUUGCUAGACGACGACAAGACCCGUGCUCAAAAUGUUCUUGACGCCGCCAGAGGGUCUAUGGGCUCAGCCCUCUCCGAAUUUGACAUGCUCAACAUCGGUUCCUUCGCGACUCGUGUUGUCUCCAUCGCGGAAUACCGCAAAUCCCUCACGUCAUAUUUAACCGAGAAGAUGAAUCUUGUCGCACCUAGCUUGACAGCUCUUCUUGGAGAGCGAAUUGGUGCACGAUUGAUCAGUCAUGCCGGUAGCUUGACGAACUUGAGCAAGUACCCUGCUAGUACAGUGCAGAUUCUGGGUGCGGAGAAAGCUCUCUUCAGGGCACUAAAGACGAAGGGUAACACACCGAAGUACGGUUUGAUCUACCACUCGACCUUCAUUGGACGGGCACAACCCAAACACAAGGGUCGUAUCUCUCGAUUCCUUGCAAACAAGUGUUCAAUAGCAUCAAGGAUAGAUUGCUACUCAGAGAAACCCACGUCCGCUUUUGGUGAAGCCCUUCGGCAACAGGUGGAAGAGCGACUUGCCUUCUUCGAAUCUGGCGCUCCACCGUCCAAGAACGCCGAUACCAUCCGCAAAGUGCUCGACCAACUCGCUUUAGAGGAAGACGAGGAAGACGAGGACGCCGAAGUUGCUCUCCCUCUCCUUGAGCCUUCACCCCAAAAGGAGAAGGACAAGAAGAAGAAGCGGAAGAGCUUGGAUGAUGAAAUGGACGUAGACGAGGAGCAGACUACGCCCACAAAGAAGAGGAAGUUGUCGAAGGAGGAGAAGAAGAAAGAGAAGAAGGAGAAGAAGGAGAAGAAGGAGAAAAAGGAGAAAAAGGAGAAGACAUCCGAUGAGGGUGCCACGUCCGAGAAGAAGAAGGACAAGAAGGAGAAGAAGGAGAAGAAGAAAGAGAAGAAGAGCAAGGAGUAGAGGUAGAUCUUGUCGCUCUUUUUUUCCUUUCGUUUUUGGUCGCUGCGUCUCCGUUAUCUCUUGUUCAAUUUAUUUCACGUCAUAUUACUUGCUCAAUUGAGCGUGUGUACAUGUAGCUCGCAUCAAGCGCUUUGACUAGCUCUUGCCCUCAACCACAUACCUACAUCUUGGUCGUGUGUUUGAAACCAUUGCGUUCUAAUCAUCCUCGUUUUGAGUGUAUACAUGUAAUAACGACAGCGUUCAAAGUC